CUCCCCUAGCCUGCUGCCCUCAGUCCCCAGCUAGGCUAGGGCUCCAGCUCCAUUCCCUCCCUCCGGCACCCCCAUGCCUUCCCUGCCUGGCCCCCCACUUCCUCAGCCUCCCCUAGCCUCUCACUAGGCCCCCUCAAAAAUCCCGGGGUGCUGAAGUGUGGGCAGGGGUGUGUGUGUGUAUAUGUGUGUGUAUGUGUGUGUAUGUGUGUUUGUCUGUGUGUGUGUGCAUGUAUGUGUAGAAUCUGCAGGCGGAUUGGGGGGGCCCUGGAAUCUCGUGGGGUUGAGCAUUGUAAGGAAGGGGGUUGGAGAAGAGUAGGGUAAGGGGAAAUUGGAGGUGGGGCAGGCAAUCAAAGGGAAAACCGGGAAGCGUGAGCAGUAUAGGUCAGAGACUGGAAGGAGGGGGGUUGUGAGACCCCUGUGGGGUGGCCCAGGCUGUGUGUGGCUUUGGGGGAAGUUGGUGCCUCCACCCCCCCAGGCCUUGGCAGGGGGGGGUAAUGGGGGCCCUCCAUCCUGGGCUGGGGGGCGUGAGAGUCGGGGGGCUGCUGCUGGGCCUCUUGGGGCUGGUGUCGGGGCUUAGCCUGGAACCUGUCUACUGGAACUCGGCGAAUAAGAGGUUCCAGGCAGAAGGUGGCUAUGUGCUCUACCCCCAAAUUGGGGACCGACUAGACCUGCUCUGUCCCCGGGCCCGGCCCCCUGGCCCACAUUCAUCCCUGGACUAUGAGUUCUACAAGCUGUACCUGGUUGGAGGAGCCCAGGGCCGGCGCUGUGAGGCCCCUCCAUCCCGUAAACUGCUCUUGACCUGUGACCAGCCUGAUGUGGAUCUUCGAUUCACCAUCAAGUUCCAGGAGUACAGCCCCAACCUGUGGGGACAUGAAUUCCGUUCACACCAUGACUACUAUAUCAUUGCCACAUCAGAUGGUACCCGAGAGGGCCUGGAGAGUCUUCAGGGUGGAGUCUGCCUGACCAGGGGGAUGAGGGUACUUCUCCGUGUGGGACAGAGUCCACGAGGGGGGACAGCUCCUCGAAAACCCGUCUCUCAGAUGCCAAUCGAGAAGGACCGAGGGGCAGCACACCGCCUGGAUCCCAGCAAAGAGAAUAUAGCAGGUGAUCCCUCCAGUAAUGCAACUUCUCGGGGUACAGAGGGCCCUCUUCCUCCCCCUAGCAUACCAGCAGUGGCUGGGGCAGCUGGGGGCCUGGCCCUGCUCCUCCUGGGUGUGGCAGGGGCAGGGGGUGCCAUGUGUUGGCGAAGACGGCGGGCCAAGCCUUCCGAGAGUCGACAUCCUGGACCGGGCUCUCUGGGGAGGGGAGGAUCUGUGGGACUUGGGGGUGGGGGAGCAGGAGGAGUAGGUCACCGGGAUACCGAGCCUGGGGAGUUGGGGAUCCCUUUGAGGGGUAGUGGGGCUACAGAUGCCCCCUUCUGUCCUCACUAUGAGAAGGUGAGUGGUGACUAUGGACAUCCUGUAUACAUCGUGCAAGAUGGGCCACCUCAGAGCCCUCCAAACAUUUACUACAAGGUGUGACGGGGCCCCCCACACACUCACAAAACUUGGGUUUCCCAGAGACAUCCUCGGGAUGCCCUGCAGUCUCAAUUGCGGUUUGAGGGAAUUCCUUCUUCCCCAGUACUUCUCUUUGAACCCCAAUCUGCUGCCCCUUCAUUCUUCUGACCAUCUCCCUAAGUUUCCAGGACCCCUUAAAAGAUCCUCCCAUCAAAUUUCUGCUCCCUGUCCCUCCCCCCUCCCUGCCCCCCAUAAGCCAUUGUCUAUCCUCCAGUUUGUGGUCCUGCUUUCCGCCUGACUACAGUGAGGAUAGAAGCAGAGACAUCAUCCUGCUCUGCCUUGGUAUCAUUACUGUAGGUGCUUGCCUCACCUUCUUGGUGGGGGCAGAAUCUCAAGUCUUUGGCAUUAGAUGUCUUUGUCUCCUCUCUGCAUAGUUUGUUUUCCUGUUAUUGUCUCUUCCUCUUUGUAUCUGUGCCUGUCUUUGCUAUCCCUCUCUUCUACCACUUUCUCUCUUAUAUAUCCCAUUCUUUCUGUCCUUUCAACUUCUCAUUUUCUCCCAUCUCCUGGGGGUGGGGCAGGGCCUUCGAUCUUGUUCCUCCUCCAUCCUUUAACCUCUCAAAUGGAGAGCUUCCCCACAGCUCUCCAAAGAUUUGGGGCCUUAAGGAGAAGGACCCAGUCUCCAGUCCACCUUCGGGGCAGACAGCAGUCUCUCCCCUCUCCCAAGGUCCACUCCCUCAAAUCCUCUACUCCCUUCAGCCAUUUAGUAUAACUUGGCAAAAUGGUGACUGCCUUUGGAGGAAGUGACUUAUUUUGCCUAAGAAGUGGCCAGGGCUGGGUGGGAAAUGACUGUUGCCAGGGCAAGAAAAGGAACUGUCCUGGAAAGGAAGCGACAAAGCCUGGCACUACAUUGAAUGGUCCUCUGCUGGAACAGACAAGAAAGGGACCCGCCUUGAUGGGCAUUGACAAAGCCUGAACAGAAAUGUUCCCUGAAUUGGCAGGAAGCAAUGCACUUGGAAUAGGAAGUGCCUUCAACCAGGAUCAGAAGGGACACUUCCAAUGGGGAAGUGUGGCUGGAACUGGAAGUGACACAAGCUGGGUGGGUGGGUGGGAAGC